CUGAGAACUGGAGGGCAGAGCAACUCACACAGCAGACUCCUGCCUGCCUGCUUCUCAGCGCCCUGCCCACCCCUCCUGAUCCCUGGCCGCCAGCUGGCUCCCAUGAAACCACCGAAGGCAUCCCAGCAUUUUAGAAGCAUUCGGAGAAACGCCAACCAACACUACUUCUAUCAGGAGUCCCUGCUGCUCAGCAACUUGGAGGACAGCUUUACUGCUGAUGAAACGGGGGACAGCCAUGAUCCAGAACAAAUCUUCCAGAACAUACAGUUCCAGAAAGAUCUCAUGGCAAACAUUCGCUGUCGACCCUGGACCAUGGGGCAGAAGCUGAGGGCGCUGAGGCGAGCGAAGGACAUUGUGCUGAAGUUUGAAGGGCGGUUGACCAGGACUCGAGGCUACCAAGCGGCCGGUGCAGAGCUGUGGCGGAAGUUUGCUCGUCUGGCCUGUAACUUUGUGGUCAUCUUCAUUCCCUGGGAAAUGAGGAUAAAGAGAAUUGAAAGUCAUUUUGGAUCUGGUGUUGCCUCUUAUUUCAUAUUCUUGAGAUGGUUAUUUGGAAUCAAUAUUGUGCUCAUGAUUAUGACAGGUGCUUUUAUUGUUCUUCCAGAGCUCAUUGCAGGCCAACCAUUUGGAAGCACAGCCAGCAAGACCAUCCCCAAGGAGCAUAUUGCAUCUGCCCAAGAUCUGGACACCGUUUGGUCUCUGGGGGGUUACCUCCAGUACUCAGUCCUCUUCUAUGGCUACUACGGCAGGGAGAGACGGAUCGGGAGAGCUGGGUACCGGCUGCCCUUGGCCUAUUUCCUGGUGGGGAUGGCGGUGUUUGCUUACAGCUUUAUCAUCCUCUUAAAAAAGAUGGCUAAGAACUCCCGCACAAGCCUCGCCAGCGCUUCCAGUGAAAACUAUACAUUCUGCUGGCGGGUGUUCUGCGCUUGGGAUUACCUCAUCGGCAACCCAGAGGCGGCCGAGAGCAAAACCGCAGCCAUCGUGAACAGCAUCAGGGAGGCUAUACUGGAAGAACAGGAAAAGAAGAAAAGCAAAAACCUGGCAGUGACCAUCUGCCUGCGGGUUGUGGCCAACAUCCUGGUGCUUGUCUCACUUGCUGGGAGCAUCUAUCUCAUCUACUUCGUGGUGGACCGGUCCCAGAAGCUGGCGCAGUCCAAGAAGGAGCUGACACUCUGGGAGAAGAAUGAGGUGAGUGUGGUGGUCUCCCUCGUCACCAUGCUGGCACCAUCGGCCUUCGACCUUAUCGCCGCCUUGGAGAUGUACCACCCACGAACCACACUGCGCUUCCAGCUGGCAAGGGUCCUUGUACUCUAUCUGGGGAACCUCUACAGUCUGAUCAUCGCCCUCCUGGACAAAGUUAACAGCAUGAGCAUUGAGGAAGCCACUCCCCAAAAUAGCACAAGUCACUGGAUAGAUUCUACCUUUGCCACCAGGGCAGCCCCCGGAGAAGAGAGAUGGUCCACACUUGGGCCUGGAAUAGGGCUCAGGAGAAACAGCACAUGGGCCUUGGAAGAGGCCAACAUUCCAACUUACAUCUCACCUCUCUCAGGAGCCAACAAGACCACAGUCUCCACCCGGAGUCCACAAGACCAAUGCUGGGAGACCUACGUUGGACAGGAGAUGCUGAAGCUGUCCAUCAUCGACAUGCUCUUCACCGUGGCCAGCAUUCUGCUCAUAGACUUCUUCCGAGGACUUUUCGUUCGGUACUUAAGUGACUACUGGUGCUGGGACCUGGAAAGCAAGUUUCCAGAAUACGGGGAAUUCAAAAUUGCAGAGAACGUGUUACAUUUAGUCUACAACCAAGGAAUGAUUUGGAUGGGAGCCUUCUUCUCCCCAUGUCUCCCUGCCUUCAACGUCCUCAAGCUCAUUGGGCUCAUGUACCUGCGCAGCUGGGCUGUGCUGACCUGCAAUGCGCCGCACCAGCAAGUCUUCCGGGCCUCCAGAUCCAACAAUUUCUACUUGGCAAUGCUCCUGUUUAUGCUCUUUCUAUGCAUGCUGCCAACCAUUUUUGCUAUUGUCCGGUACAAACCAUCUCUAAAUUGUGGACCAUUCAGUGGACAAGAGAAAAUGUAUGACAUCGUGUCAGAAACCAUUGAGAAGGACUUUCCCGCGUGGUUUGGCUCUGUGAUUGGGUACAUCAGUAGCCCUGUGGUCAUCCUGCCAGCCGUACUGCUACUUUUCAUGCUCAUCUAUUACCUGCAGAGCAUCGCAAGAUCCUUAAAACUCAGCAACCACCAGCUCAGAAUGCAGAUCCAAAAUGCAAGAUCUGAAGAUAGGAAAAAGGUUGCGCAAAUGGUAGAAGCCCGCAUCCAAACCCAGGACGAAACCACCAAGAGGUUUCCCAAGGACAGUGAUCUCGGCAGCCAGUUGUCCUCGGCUCACUCGGCGACACCCCAGAACAACGGCACUGUGGUCAAUUUUGACUCAUCGAGCAGCAGGAGUAGUAGGGUGGAGACCGUUGCCCAGCCCACGACCCCAAGCCCCCAGCCAGGGCCUGGCAGCCCCAGCUCCCCUCUUCCUGGCUUCUCCAGGUCUAGGCACUAUUCUACCAGGUAUCCAUGUGGCCCAUGUAUGAGCACAAGUGACCUUCAUAGGAGCAGAUCCUGCACACCUGGGAUGUUUACAAAGCACAUUGAAGACGUUCACUCAGAACCUCUUUUCCGAAAAGAUCUUCAGCCAAUCAACCAUGGGUCAGUGGUCUCAGCCUUGGUGCCACAUAGUCCUCGGUCCCAUGCCCCCAGAUACUAUCUCAUUAAUGAACGUGACUCUCAGCAAAAGAAACAUUCAACUUUCUGGCCAGAAAGACAUUUCAAGAUAGACACCUCCAGGGACACUGCGGACAUGUACCCCAGGAACAUGAGACGGUGUGAACCCUUGGCCUCUCCACAGCUCAGUGAAGAAGAGGAGGAGGUUCCGAGGAGACAGGUGAGCAGACAGGCCUUCCACCCGCGCUCCUUGACCGACCUCCACGGGGUGCAUCAUUUUUAUGUUGGCGAAAGUUCAGGAAGUCAGGCCCUGACUCCUGAGCUCCAGAGACCAACACAUUACACAUCUUGGAAUGAUGGCUUUGGGGGUCAACUUGACAGGCCAAUGUACAUGCACAAAAAAGCACGCUCCCAGAAUUUCCAAUACCCCCAGCACCCUCUGAAGCCCAGGGCUAAGGCCAAGUUUGAACCAUCCAUCACAGAAUCUGACUUCAUGUCCGCGGCAUCCAGCAGGGACCAGCAGAACAGUGGCACCAACCAGUACUUCCAGGUCACCCACAGCCAGCCCAAGUGGCCAAGGUCUGCGGGCCAGUUUGGCCGGAGGAAGGCAAUAUCGAGGCAGGAGUUGACUGCAGGUCUAAAUGACCUGAUUUGUUCAAAUGUCUAGGGCUUUCUUCUGGCAUCCUGUUCCUAGAAAUCACUCCUACUGGUGGAGUGUGGUGUGGUUGACAAUGCAUGGUCCCUCCCCUUCUGGGAAGACAGACAAACACACCCAGCGGAUGUGAUCAGUGGGGCAUAUUCAGGCACGUCGUCUGCUGGUUGUGGCCCAGAGACCCACAGGGCCAUGACUCCCUAAUCUACAGCAACUGAACACAAGUGGGCUGUGUCCGGGGGUCUCUGGGUCCAGACACUUUAGGAGAUUGUUUCAAAAAAAUCAACCUUUGACCUCCAUUCAGUGUGAUGCCAGAUCAUAAGCAAGCCAGGCAGCUCACCUAAUUGCAAAACCCUUACGUGACAUGUCUACCCUUGUCCUGAAUCUUAGGAGUGACCUGUUUGUGUUAUAAUGUUCUCUUGCAGCAUACAUAUCUCAGUCCUCCCUGAUAAGCACCCCAAAAUGAGUUGGCUGCCCUUAAAGAUUUCACAGUGCUUAAUUACUUCACAUUAAUGAUCAGUUUGAUAGUAACCAGAGUAGUUAAAAUUUAUUAAGAAUGUAAGAUGUUGAAGCUGAAACUCCAAUAUUUUGGCCACCUGAUGUGAAGAGCUGACUCAUUUGAAAAGACCCUGAUGCUGGGAAAGAUUGAAGGCGGGAGGAGAAGGGGACAACAGAGGAUGAGAUGGUUGGAUGGCAUCACUGACUCAAUGGACAUGAGUUUGAGUCGACUCCGGGAGUUGGUGAUGGACAGGGAGGCCUGGCAUGCUGCAGUCCAUGGGGUCGCAAAGAGUUGGACACGACUGAGUGACUGAACUGAACUGAACUGAAGAAUGUACCAUACUGUUUACCCAACUAUGUAUCUGUCUUAGGGCUUCCCCCAUGGCUCAGUGGGUAAAGAAUCGGCCUGCAAUGCUGGAGACAGGAGACACAGGUUGGAACCCUGGGUCCAGCAAGAUCCCCUGGAGGAAGAAAUGGCAACCCUCUCCAGUGUUCUUGCCUGAAAAAUCCCAUGGACAGAGGAACCUGGUGGGCUACAGUCCAUGGGGUUGCAAAGAGUCAGACAUAACUAAGUGAUGAAGCACACACAUAUAUCUGUAUUAAUUAGUCAGGACCCUUGGGUUGGAGGUAACAAAAUCCCCAAGGUUUAUUGGUUCCUUUAACUAGGAGGGAUGAGAAUCAAGCUAGCUUCAGGCUCAACUGGACCUGGCUAUCAAACAUCUUCUGGAUUUUGUCUUUUCACCUCUCAGCUCUACUUCUGUUUGUUGACCUUGUUUUCUCUUACUGCCAACAGGCUUUCUCCAUGUAGUAGGUGAAGGAGGAAUGCACAGACACAGAAAAUUCCAGGUUGAUGGCACCCAGCCAAUGAGCCCCAAGGAAAGAACAGAGCUAUACCCAUUUGCACUCCUGUCCUAUUUCCAUGAUAACUCUUUCACUUUAAAUUUAUCUUUUAAGUUUUCUGUCUCCUCCAUCAGACUGUUGAGUUCCUUUGAGAGAGGAAUGGUGUUUAUUCAUUUCUGCAGAACUGGUAACUGAUACAUAACACAUUUUGUACUUGUUUUCUCCCUCUCACUACAUAACAAACUUAGUAACUUAAAACAACACUGAUUUAUCAACUCAGUUUCCAUAGUUCACCUGGAUGCUCAGCUAGGGUCUCAAGCAAGGUGUUAUCCAAGAGCCUGCAUCUCAUCUGGGGCUAGGGGGUCACCUUCCAAUGUUGUGUGGCUGUUGGCAGCAUUCACUUCCUUGGGGUUGUAGGACUGAGGUGUUCUGCUCCCAGGGGCAGCCUGCAUUUCCCUACCACAUGAUCCUCUCCAUAGUGUG